AUGCCCGCAACUACUGUUUUUGUUUCUGGAGCCACUGGAUACAUUGCUCAACACGUCGUCAAGGAAUUGCUUGGGAAAGGAUAUAAUGUAAUUGGAUCAGUCAGAUCAGCAUCCAAAGGUGAAAGACUUAAACAAUUGACCAAAUCAGAUAGAUUUUCAUAUGAAAUUGUCCCCGAUAUUGGAGCAGAAGGUGCUUUUGAUGAAGCUUUGAAGAAACAUCCAGAGGUUUCCGUAUUUUUGCAUACUGCCUCCCCAUUUACCUUCAAAGUCAAUGAUCCCGAAAAGGAUUUAUUAAGACCAGCUAUUGAUGGUACUAAGAACGCACUCAAUGCUAUUGCAAAGUAUGGUCCACAAAUCAAGAAAGUUGUUAUCACUUCCUCUGCCGUGGCUGUUUUUGGUUGGGGUAAACAUAUUGUUCAAGAUAAGGUAUACACAGAAGACGAUUGGAAUCCAAUUACUCGGGAAGAAAGUUUGCAGAACCCAAUGUUGGGUUAUUUCGGUUCUAAAAAAUAUGCCGAAUUAACUGCUUGGGAUUUCGUUAAGGAGAGUAAACCAAAUUUUGAAAUCUCCUUUAUUAACCCGGUAUUCGUGUUUGGUCCACAAGCAUAUGAAGUUCAAGAUAAAUCCGAAUUAAACACUUCCGCCGAGAUCAUUAACAAGGUAAUUAAAUUAGGACCUAAUGAUGCAAUUCCAGAGUUCUGUGGUAGAUAUGUUGAUGUCAGAGAUGUUGCCAAAGCUCAUGUUGUCGCAUUUGAAAAAGAUGAAGCCAUCAACCAGAGAUUGGUAUUAGUGGCAGGCUAUUUUACCAACGAUGGGAUUGCUAAUAUCAUCAAAGACAAUUUCCCUCAAGCAACCGUUCCAAAGGGUGAUGCAGAAAAGAAUGAAAAGCUUAUUAACAAUAGUGUUAAAUAUGAUUUCUCCAAAACUCAAAAUAUUCUUGGGUUUGAUCUCAUUCCUCUUGACGAAUCAGUUGUGGAUACAGCCAAGCAAAUUUAUGAGGCAUAG